AUAGGGCCAAAGAAGUAAACAGUUCCUGUGUUUUGAUUUGCAGGAUUCACUUACAUCUAACAAAAUAUUAAAAAAUUCAUUUCUAGUUGCUUUGUAGGAACGUUCCUAAUUAUUGUGUUAUCACUUUAAACUUUACGGUGAAGUUUCAGCAAUUGCAAAAUCAGUAACGAAGUAUGAGCUGAAUUUAGUAAAAACAAAACUCAUCAAUGAAUCAACUCACGAGAACUGAAACUCUUUCCCCGGUCGAAGAAGAGAUGGGGGAAAAUUCCGCAACCAUUCACAGAUGCAACCUAUGCGCAGCAUCCUUUCACACCAGGGCCCUCCUGGCACGUCACACUAUUCAAUUACACAAGGCAACUAAAAAAUUCCGCUGCACGCAGUGUAGUGCGUCAUUCAACUCGCAGAAGAACGUUAGUCUGCAUCGUGCAAUCCACGGCCCAAAGCCGUUCAAAUGUCCCAAAUGCAUGAUCAUUUUCCGGCGCUACGCUACCUUAGUAGGCCACAUCGAACGGCACUACGUUCCGGAGGAUCACGUGUGUGUGGUGUGCAAUCGAGAGUUUCCAACGGUUGAUGAUUUGAAGGCUCAUGUGUAUGAAGGUCAUGAAACCGAUAAAAUUCAAAUGCUGCCAAGAAAGAAAGCGAAAACUGCCGGUGCGAAGACCUACCAGUGCACAUUUUGCGAGAAUAAAGUAUUUACCAAACUAAGUUUGCUUGAAAGGCAUUUUCUUAUACAUACAAAGCAGAAACCUUUUGUUUGUAACAUUUGUGGCAAAUCCUUCAAUCAAAAGAGCAGUCUCAAAACUCAUUCACUUACUCACGAUGAUAUUCGAGAUUUCGUUUGCCUGCUCUGUGGUUUGAAGUUUUCGCAGAAAACAAACCUUAGAGUACAUACCCUUAGGGUUCACCCGAAGAAAAAUGUUCCACUCUCGGACCGACUGCCAUGUCCAUACUGUCCAUGCAUUUUCAAAAAAUUGGGCAGUUUGAAUGCACACAAGACGAAAAUUCACGCUGCCAUACUAUCGAACCCGGUUCGAUUGAACGAGGACUCAACAAAUAAUCAAGAAAGUUUAAAACAAGAGGCACCGAUUAUGCAACCACAAUCACCACCUGGAAUAAUUUACAAAUGCGAAACUUGCGAAAUCAAUUUUCACGAUAUGGCACAGCUGGAAAAGCACUUGAAUCGACACUCGAGAAACACGAACAUCACUAAUGAGAGGACUCAACUUCAAACGCCGGAGAUUAUCCGACCCAUAGUAGCCAACCGGAGUCAGUCACAUAUGCAAGGUGUAAAUGAACAGCGUCGUUUUAGUUGUGAUAUUUGCUCGGCUGCCUUCAAAAAGUCCAGCCACCUUAAACAGCAUGUCAAGUCUCAUUACGGUAUCAAAGGCAAUCGGUGUGAAAUUUGCGACAAAACUUUCACUACCAGUCACACACUGAAAGUGCAUCGGAACAGUCACUGCCAAAACUCCCAAUUGCAUUACAAGUGCGAGCAAUGUCCAACCCGGUUUAGUCUGCUGUCCAGUCUUCGUCGGCACACGAAACUGCACGACAAUCCUGACCGCAGUUUCAGCUGCCCGUUCUGCAAACGUGCCUUCAAAUGGUACCAAAACUGCAAAACUCACAUCAGAAAGGUUCAUCCUGAGGAGGCCAAAAAUCUCAGCGAACGGUUAAGCCCACUUGCAACUCAUGGGGGACAGACUGAAGCGAUACAAUUUGAAGAACUGGCAGCUGGUGAAACUAUGAUCGACCUGAGGAAUUUACCAGAAAAUGUCGGCAUUGUCGACAUUAGCAACCUCGGGAAUUGUAUUGUACGAAUAGAUGAUCAAUUGUACGAAAUACCGUUUCAAAUAGAAGCCAACGACGUGGGGGAAGGCUUCCUGCCAAUCAGUUUUCAUGAAUCCUCAGCUAGAGAACAUUCCGAACAACAAGAAUCUAGAUUAGAUUCAUCCGUGCCAACCGAUAAUAUUGUUCUGGAAGCAUCAGACGAAACCGUUUUUCAAUACAUUUAUGAGUCUGCCGACGAAAUUCCACAAGAUAUUGUCAACCAACAGCGUCGAGCAGUUUCGGAUCCCGACAGAUCUAAAUCCGUCGGUGCCCCAACUAGAUCAAAGCAACGAAAAAUAACCAGCAAAAAUGAACAGGAUCUUUUCGGUGAAACCAUUGAAGCGGGAAAGAAAUGCUACCAUUGCAAGGCUUGCGAGAAACCAUUCAAAAAGCCGGCGGAUCUACGACGGCAUAUUCGGACACACACGGGCGAACGUCCCUUCCACUGUUAUCUUUGCUCGAAGAGUUUCACCCUGAAGGCGAUUCUCCACGUGCAUAUGAAAACUCACGAUCUCAAACGGGAAGCUAUCAUUUGUCCUGAACCGGGCUGUGGCAGAAAAUUUUCCAGCAAAACCAGCCUAGAUUUACAUCAUCGCAUUCAUACAGGGGACCGCCCAUUCCGGUGUACGGUUUGCACGCUCACCUUUCGCACCUCUGGCCAUAUGCAGGCGCAUAUGACGUCCCAUUCGCGGCUGACUGCGCGGCAGGAGCAGGACAAUGCGGAACUCCGUUACGAACGCUAGUUUUCAUCACUUACUGCUCGAAACUAUCUGUGAUAAAGUGAAAAGUAAUUUUCAUUAUAGUUUAUGAAUUGGUAGAAUCUAGUUUAUUGCAUAAAUAUUUUGAUGCGGCCACUAUUAAACAUAAAAGACAUCUAA